AUCCUUGCUGAGUGUGUCAAAUCCCCUAGAGUUGGAGUUACAGGUGGUUAUGGGCUGCCUGACACGCGCUCUUCAUUGCUCAGCCACCACUCCAGCUUUCGUAGCUAUGUGUAACACACCAACUUACUGCGACCUAGGAAAGGCUGCCAAGGAUGUCUUUAACAAAGGGUAUGGGUUUGGCAUGGUCAAAAUAGAUCUGAAAACCAAGUCUUGCAGUGGAGUGAUGGAAUUUUCUACUUCAGGUCAUGCUUAUACUGACACAGGGAAAGCAUCGGGCAACCUCGAGACCAAAUACAAGGUCUGCAGCUAUGGGCUCACCUUCACCCAGAAGUGGAACACAGACAAUACUCUCGGCACGGAAAUCUCCUGGGAGAACAAGGUAAGAAAAAGCACUAGAAGUUAUUUGUUCGUUUGUAGCAUUUGUACCACACAGUCAUCUACCUCUGGGGAGGGUNUGACUUUAUACCUCAGAGUGGAAAUGUGGACUCAUGGUUUUUAUCANGUUAUUUGUUUUUACAGAAAGAAGAGUGGGAAAUUAAAGGCCUCCUAUAGACGGGAUUGUUUUAGUCUCGGCAGUAAUGUUGAUAUAGAUUUUUCUGGACCGACCAUCUAUGGCUGGGCUGUGUUGGCCUUUGAAGGUUGGCUUGCUGGCUACCAGAUGAGUUUUGACACAGCCAAAUCCAAACUGUCUCAGAAUAAUUUCGCUCUUGGUUACAAGGCUGCAGACUUCCAGCUGCAUACUCACGUGAAUGAUGGCACUGAGUUUGGAGGCUCAAUCUACCAGAAAGUUAACGAGAGGAUUGAAACGUCAAUAAACCUGGCAUGGACAGCUGGCAGCAACAACACUCGUUUUGGCAUCGCUGCUAAAUAUAAGCUGGAUUGUAGAACUUCUCUAUCUGCCAAAGUAAACAAUGCCAGUUUAAUUGGACUGGGUUAUACGCAGACCCUCCGACCAGGAGUCAAACUGACCCUGUCAGCUUUAAUAGAUGGGAAGAACUUCAAUGCAGGAGGCCACAAGGUUGGAUUGGGAUUUGAACUGGAGGCUUAAUGUGGUUUUGAGUAGAGUAUCAAUUGUCCCUGGAAAUGAAGAGAAAUGAACCCACUAUGUUUUGGCCUUAAAAUUCUGUGAAAUUUCAAAGUGUGAACUUUUUAUUCUUCCAAAGAAUUGUAAUUCUUCCCACACUGAAGUCUAGAGAUUACAGAUCUAUCCAAUGGNAGGUCCUGGAAGGCAUGCCUGGAAAUUGUCAUGUUUGUGCCACAUUUCAGUUGAGUUCUGCAGAGUUAAUUUAAAUAUGUUCCUCAGCAACAACGUAGUGUCAUGUUAAAGGAGUGACCUGCCUCCCCGGUCUGUACACCGCGUCCUGCAUGUCCCAGUCCACUUUUCCAUGGCCUUUUGUUAUAUCAGUCUCUGCUCUAGUGAGAGCUUUGGUUUUGCAUCAGAGUAAAAUAAACCCAUCACAUUUGGAACAUAA